AUGCAACGCGCUGAAUUUCAGUUUCCGGCAACUGAUUUUUCCAGUGCCGGUCCCGCCGACGUCGUUUUCUGCGGCAAACUCAUCUCGCGCCGAGUCGAACCCGGUCCAGCACCGCAAAACGAGAGCGAAAAUCGGGUUCUCUCGCGAUCCGAGUCUUCCGGUGGGACCAACGUAAGCGUGACGAGGAUCCGGUCGCCUUCCGGGAUGCGGAGGAGUGAGAGUUGCCGGAAGCGCAAUAACGGGAUGUUCGGAACUGUACUGAAGUUUCCGCUGCAAAUGGAACUGAGUGACAUUAAGAUGAGGCAGAAUCGGAGAGAAUGUCGACCGCCGCCGCUUCCACCUAGGGUUUCGGCGGAGGACGACGUUGAUGGCGACGGCGGAGAGAGCUGCUGGGAACUGGUCCGGCCGUUGAGGCGUGGGGGAACGUUCAAGAAUCUUUUGUUUCGAUGCAUUCCCAUCGUUUAG